AUGCCUCCUCCUCCACUCCCUGAAGAUCUUGGGAAUAACCCCAAUUGCCCACCGUUCUCUCAGGCCCAAUUCUCUGUUCCCAUUGAGUCACCGGACUUCGCACUAGGAUUCACUCCGUGGCAAUAUUACCCUGGCACUUCUAGUGUGCCCCUGGCAGUUCCUCAACCAAGGCCCGUGACUCACCCGGCGCCACCGUCAGCACUUGUGAUCAUGGCUCCAUCACCACCUGAAGCUCCCACAUAUGUUGUGCGUCCGAUAAUAGUGCUUUCUCGGUCUGCCAGAACAGGAGGUCAUAGCACAGAAAUUGAAAAGUUUGGAACAGUCCAUGAGGAAUCUGUAGGGAACCGGAGGUUAUAA